AUGAUUACGGACACUCCGGCUGCUAUUCAACCACCGAUAAUAACACCAAGAGCACCACCAAUAGUACCAUUAUGGCGACAAAAAUUUCCAUCGAUUGCUUCUGGAGCAUUAUCGUCUGUUCAGUUUUUGAUCACGAUCAUCAUCAUUGGUUGUGAAGUGGGCAGUAUGCUGAUCGAUAUUGUGACUGCAACAGUAUAUGUUGGCCUUUGGGCGAGUUUAUUCUUUUUGACUUCAUGUGUUUCGCAAUGGAUUUCAUCAUGUUGCUGUCGUGCACGCGGAUGUGCAACGUAUACAUUGAUAAGUCAGCUGAUCUCGAUGGUUUUCGCACUGUGUGUCAUUGGCUUCGAUGCAUAUUAUAUCGUCUCUCCAUCGACAUGCUUUUUUCCAUCGAGCGUAUGCAACAGUUCGGCAUCGACACGUGGUCUCUUCUAUUCUGAUUAUAAUUUUACCUAUAUCAAAAUACCACUAAUCAAAGCACAGUUAGCAGUUGGUGUGNGGGAAUGUAUGGAGUUUUAUAGUAGUUAG